GCACCGUUUAGAUUUCUGAAAUACCAAUUGGACUUUGAAUGAAGUAACACACACACAUAGACACACAAGCUCUACGAAAUGGAAAAUAGGAACGGAAAAUAAAGAAAGAAACAUACAUCAUCACAGCAAAGGAAACAUUAAACGUGCAAUUGAAACAUUCAAGUAGCGGGAUUUUUGAUGGUAAAUAUACGUCAUUGACCAUUUGUAAGUGUAACAUUUCCCAGAAGCGAUGCAAAAGAAGUAUACACCAGGUGUGCCAGUACUGCGAUACGGAAAAGAUUUCGAUUAGAACGCAUUUCAAUCCACUUACGUCAAUAUUUCCAUUAGGAAAGCUAUAACAGUCACAUCUUUAUUCCUUUAUAAUCCAUCCAUCCAUCCACACACACACACACACACACACACACAACAUAUACAUCCUAUCAGAUGCAAAAGAAGUCAAUACUGAAUAUUGGUGAGAACUUGUAGAAGUAAAAGUAAACGUUUAUAUAUUAUUUAUUCCGAGCACAUCGCCAUAAAUACACACUUAUAUAAAAGAUACCCACAUAUAUACAUAAUACAUACAUAAUUACAUAUAUUUGUAUAUAGAUACAUAUACGCAUACAUACAUGCAUGAAUGUGAACAAACAAAAAAUUAUGUAUAAGAGAAUUUAUAAUUAAAAGAGUAAUCACUCGUCUAUAACUUUUGAUCCCGAUUGUCUCAUCAGAUUGCUAUCCACCCUCUACCUUCCAAUGUAUCCGAUCCACUGCCGUGAUCGAUCUGGUACACAACCUUUUCACUUAUAUAAGCUCAUCACUUGCACAAUGUGUUACUACUACUUAUUUCCAAAUUUAAACGUUUUCCAUCAUACACUCGACUAUAAUUUGAACGUUGUCAACACCAACUACAGCGCUGCUCCAGACGUCGAAAAUGAAACUGCGAUGACACAGCUUUGUGGAGCCAUUAAUGAUUACGAUAGAUGCUAUCUUUGGAACUCCUGUUGUUUGGCAGCUUUGAAAUGCUGUCAGGAACAACACAGAAAUAUCCAGACGUUUACACCAAACAACAACACUUUGUAUUGUCCACCUACUUGGGAUGGUUACGGCUGUUGGAACAUGACUCCUGCGAAGACUAGGGUCUUUGAAAAAUGUCCGAGUUAUGUUACAGAUGGUAUCUGGGCUUACAGUACAGUUGGUGCUUACAAAGACUGUACUUCUAACGGCACCUGGUGGCGCAAUCCCCAAAAUCAACAAGAAUGGUCUAACUACAGCACGUGUAUCGAUAUUGAGAAACAUCAUGUCAUCAUAUUUGUCGAUACAACUUUCAGCCUGUUUAGUAUAAUCCUGCUGUUACCAGCCUGUGUCAUAUUUCUCUACUUCCGACCACUCAGGAUACAACAUCGUAUACGGCUUCAUCUGAAUCUGUUUGUAUCAUUUAUACUUACUUCAAUAUUGUUUAUUAUGUGGAACAAUUUAGUCAACCGUGAUCAUAUCUAUCGCCAUCCUGAAGAGACCCGGCUGCACAGAAACACAGUUGGCUGUCGCAUACUCAACUUCUUGAUUAGUUACCUGCGUAGCACCAACUACUUUUGUAUGUUCAUUGAAGGUUACUACCUUUAUCGCCUGUUGGCCGCCACAUUUGAAAGACCUAAGACUCUUGUUGGCUAUUACAUUUUCAGUUGGGGAUUUCCUUUGAUUCCUUCACUUAUCUACGCAACAAUUCGAGGAACAAUGUUUAACGAAAAGUGCUGGGUCAUCAAUGCUGAACCAUAUGAAUGGAUAAUGUAUGUCCCGAAUUUACUGUGUAUUAUGGCAAAUUUAUUCUUUCUCGUUUAUAUAUUGCUUGUGUUAGUCGGUCGACUUCAAAAUCAUGCGAAUGAGCCAAGUAACUACAGACGGACGGUGAAAGCUACUUUAGUGCUAAUACCCCUGUUUGGACUUCAACAGUUACUGAUCAUCUACAGACCUUCAAGAGAAAAUGAUUAUGCUUACCCCUAUGAAAUCAUUUCCAGUAUUAUAAUCCAUUCACAGGGAGGACUUGUUGCGCUUGUCUUUUGCUUUUUCAACAGAGAAGUACACAGUCAUAUUCGGAAGGCGUUCGACCGCUUGAAGGAUUCGUCGGUGCGACCAGCCGAUCGCAGCUCUUAUACGACAACAACCCAGUUUCCGGCAGCCAACACUCGCUCAUUCAUCCACUUGAACGGUCAUUCUCGUUUGGUUAAUACAAAUACUGGACAAUCAGCCAAGAAUAACAACGCAGCCAACUAUACUCCAUUAACAGUGAUUAAGGAGGGCGGAGUGUAAAACAAACUUACACAUACACGUGCACUCAUAUAUAUAUAUAUAUAUAUAUAUAUAUAUAUAUAUAAUAUAUAUAUAUAUAUAUAUAUAUAUAUAUAUAUAUAUAUAUAUAUAUAUGCAUAUAUACACGCAAACGCACGCACAUUUCUAUCCUACAUAGGUUGAUCAUGUUCUUAUGUACACACACACUCAACAAGUAUUUAUAUACAUGUGUGUGUAUUAAUAUUUUGAGUGCAUUUAAUAUGUAGCUUUCAAGCGGUUAUGCAAUAAAUUGUUAUGAAGAUAAUUAUCCUCUACAGUCAUUACAAACUAAAUGCACAGGUAGUUUCAAAUUUGCCCUUUACGUAAUAGUCUCCUUCAAUAAAGACACAGAAGACGUUAAAAAAGACAGAAAGAGAUAGAUAAAAGGGAGUAAUAGAGAAAAGAGACAAAAGAAAGCAUAGUUAUAGAAAUUAGCAAUGGAGAUGGGAGUAAAGAUAACGUAAUUAUAAAAUAAAUAAAGUUAUAAAUAAAUGAACAGUCAAUCAAUUUCAACUACAGAAGGGAAAGAAAGAAUAAUAUAUUAUACUGCGAAAGACAAUUCUUAAAGAAGUUAAAGAAUUUCUGCAUUGUUCUAAGGACGACAUGUCGUCCUUAACCCUUUGCUUCUCUUGUGUACCACAUAUGAUACACAGGACAUAUUUACAUAUUUCCUUUAGUCCAUGCAUUAUAUAUGAUACAUAUUACCAAUUUUUUCAACCACAAGAGUAACUUGGAACUUCUGAAAGGAAAGCUUUAUAUCACAUCAGAACUUAUGAAGAAAGGACUAAGUUU